CGUCUCUGCUGGAUUUUUCCUCUUGUCUGUUGAUUCACUGUGUUCCUGUUGGGAAUCUGUGUCGUCUGGGGCUGGAUGGACAAGCCAAAAGAAAUCAAAGGGAAGUUCUACUUUCUCAUCAUUGCUACCCUCAUCUUCAUCCUCUGUAUCGCUGUGAGAACACCCAGGACGUACAGGGCCGUCCCACAGCCACGUGGGGCUCUGAACAUGGCUUGCCCGUUGCGGAUCUCUGAGCGGACCAUCACCCCCCUGAACCGCACCAAGCACUUACUGGUGUCGGCCUACAUGGACCAGAGAGUGGAUGGCUUCGAUGUACGCAUCAUUGGAAUAUUUAAGAGAGACUCCAUCCAACCCCUUUACUGUGUUUUCUGCUGUGCAGGCCAGUUAUCAAAUGCAAAUCCAGGAACAAUUUUACAACACUCGGACAACUUUGGUUUUCCCUACGUCACUACGGAUGUAAUGUGUCAGAUUCCUCAAAACUGCAACGCUACACAUGUCAGUCUCCUGACUCAGCCAGGCAGAGAGAGGGUCUUUAACCAGACCUGGCUUCCUAUAGGAAACCAGAAAACCAAAGGGAAGGAGGAGGAAAAGUUGCUGUUUAACUUCACAGUCUGCAUCUCAAACCUGUUUGGAGACUACAACAACGUGCUUCAGUUUGCACAGACCCUGGAGAUGUACAGGCUACUGGGUGUGAACAGGGUGGUGAUCUACAACACCAGCUGCGGCCCAGACCUCGACCGCCUGCUGCAGAGCUACAGCCAGGAGGGCUUCGUGGAGAUGGUGCCCUGGCCCAUCGACCAGCACCUGAAUCCAUCUCGCGGCUGGCUCUUCUCACAGAGCGGGGGGGACGUGCACUACUUCGGUCAGUUGACCACGCUUAAUGAGUGCAUUUACAGAUCCAUGGACCGCUCACGCUACGUCCUGCUGAACGACAUCGAUGAGAUUAUAAUGCCAUACAAGCACAACAACCUGAUGUCUCUGAUGGAGAUGCUCCAACAACAGCAUCCAAAUACAGGAGUGUACCUCAUUGAGAACCAUAUCUUCCCCAAGAAACAUUUUGAGCCAAGUGGGAGGUUUCACCUGUCUCGAUGGAACGGGGUGCCGGGAGUUAAUAUUCUUGAGCACAUCUACAGGGAGGACCCCGACAGAGAGUCAUACCACCCACACAAGAUGAUAGUUAAGCCGAGGUUGGUGGAGCAGACGUCAGUGCAUGAAGUGAUCAAGAAUUCUGGACAACGGUUCAAGGUUCCAAUGGACGUUUGUCGGAUCAUUCAUGUUCGCGUGGCUCUGCGGCAGUCGUUGACGCUGGAGCAGCUCAAUGAGGACAAGCGACUGUGGGACUUCCAAGAACAACUGAUUCCCAGUGUGGACAAGGCGCUGAGGAGAGCUGGGCUGGGGCAGAGCUGAUGGACAGACGUGCUGAACGGGUUGAAUGUGACCCUCGCCAGUGGUGGCCAUGUCACUACCAUUGUUUUCCAAAAUGUCGUCCUUUUUUGCACUGAAGGGCCACCAUACUGCCGGUGCUACUGCUAUGAGCUACACUGAAUUGACUGUUUAAUAGUAGUAAAGGUAAAUCAGUAGCAGUACUUAAUUGAUGCUCAUUGAAAGUGUGGUUGUGUGAAUGUUGUGUCACAGGAUGGUGCAGCGGACCUCAGUACAUGAAGAACAUCUUGUUCCCAACCGGUGGGUUUGUUCUAUGGGAAAACCUUAAAUUUAAA